AUGGGGGAGGAGUUGCUGCAGCAGCACCGAACUAUUUCCUAUCUCCCCCCACUUCCGGGCACAUCAGAAUCCUUUCUUGUUGCUACAUCCUCAGCUGAUGGUGCUGAAGGUACCGAAACUCCAGUCUCGCCUGCCGUUAACAGCCUCUUGUGUGUUUCUUUUCUUUUUAAACCUUUCCAGGCUGAUGCACCUAACCCAGGACUCAUUCCAGAUGCAGACGCAGUAGGUGUAACAGUUGUGCUAAUUACUUGCACCUAUCGAGGUCAAGAAUUUAUUAGAGUUGGCUAUUAUGUAAAUAAUGAAUAUACUGAGACAGAAUUAAGGGAAAAUCCGCCAGUAAAACCAGACUUUUCUAAGCUUCAAAGGAACAUUUUGGCAUCUAAUCCCAGGGUCACAAGAUUUCACAUUAAUUGGGAAGAUAACACAGAAAAACUGGAAGAUGCAGAAAGCAGUAAUCCAAACCUACAAUCACUUCUUUCAACAGAUGCGUUACCUUCAGCAUCGAAGGGAUGGUCCACAUCAGAAAACUCGCUAAAUGUCAUGCUAGAAUCCCACAUGGACUGCAUGUGACCACCUGUCACCCUUUAGAACAAAUUAAGCUAUUAAAAACACACAGAACUAUUUCCCUGAAAUUCCGUAAGUACAUAGUCAGAACACAAUGUGAAGAAUUUGUUUAAAAACAUCCUGUAGAAAGUUUAUAAGAAAACCAGUAUUUGAACAAAUUGUGGAAUAUAAAUACAACUAUUUUUAAGUAAUUUUUUCUCUAAUGUGUUAUUUUAUUUGUUCUGAAACUAAUCUGAUUAAAGCAUAUAUAUUAUUUUCUUCUCCUUUAUAUGUAAUUAAAGCACUUAUAUAGAAAAAUAUGAAUCAUUAGACCAGGCUGUAAAGACAUUUUAGCCUCUUGGACAGUAAUCUUUGGACCAUUAUUUAACUGGUCUUUGCAAGAACAAAGUUCAUUUCACCCGAAAUGUCUUCCUGCGAAGACAUAUAGUGUGGUUUUAAUUUAAGGGCAAAUUUUCAUUCUUUUUGGGCAUGUCCUUAAAAGGGGAUUUGAAAUCAACUAUAUGCUAUCAAGAACUUUAGAACCCUAUUUUCCAGGUCACCCUAAAACCUCUUAUGGCUACUCCUGAAGUUGGUAUAAUUGUUGGGCAGCAUUUGCUUUGGUUUCAAAGAGAAGAACAAAUGUGGCCCAUUGUUUAUAAGCUUCCCUGGCCAUGGUUUUGUUUCUGUGACAGAGUUUAGGACAUCAGAGCACUUCUUGAAUCACACAUCAUUAUUGCCCAGUGAAUUUAAAACCAAAUACAAUAUCUAGAGCAAGUAAGAGAUUAUAAUGGCUCAGAUUUGAUCAUUAGAUUUAUACAAAUAUUACAAACUUCAAAAAAUUCUUUUGGUAGGUCAUUUGUUGUUAGCAGUAUUUACAUAAAAACAGUCGAUUUAGAAAGAUGUAUGAGAUCAUAACAGAUAAGCUAAUGUUUUGGAAAUGUGUAUUUUCACACCUGUAGUAUACUCUUACCCAUUUCUUGACACUCGUGAAGAAUGAAGUCAGGCAUAUUUGUGGUUCACAUAUUCCAGAUAGCUUUUCUAGGUGAGUUUUUGAAAAGCAAUCUUUUAAAGAAAUUUAUUAACUAAAUGGGCUAGAAGUUUUGUUUUGUUUUGUUUUGGGGAGUUAGUUUCUUCCUCAAAAAAUUUCUUAUGCCCCAUAGAAUUAAGGGUAGAAUGUUUUCACUACUCUUGCUGCUAAGCAAGAAAGCCAUGUGAUGCAGGUCAUGCAGUGCCUUCACAGCUGAAACUUUUAUGCUGCACUUUUUAAAGCUUUUAUGUUGAGGAGAGAAAAGGGCCUUUGUCUAAACAUGGAUUCUAAGUUGUAUAUAUUUCCUAUCAUUCUAAAAAGUGGAUUUGUGAAGCAAAGUUUUGCCAAAUGUUAAACUUUGAAUUUAAUACAUUAGAUUAUUAAAAUAUUGUCCAUUAACUAGCUCAUAGAUUUUAAAAGUAAAAUACUUCUGACUGUUUUAAAACUAUACGAAGAAAAUCUCAUUUUUGUCUAAUUGCAAUUAAGAGAAAAUGUUAAAAUAUUAAAAUGGAAAUAAAAGCAUUACUUUCCAA